AUGGCAAUUUUCAUCAGAUUCUCUACUUUCUUGCUUUACUUCUUCUUCUUCUUGUCUCUAUUAUCGCACCAAACCAUGUCCCAGCCUCAACACAUGCACACUUUCUGCGACAAAUUAUCCGAAAACUUCACACAAACCAGUCCAUACAAAUCAAACCGUGAAACCCUACUUUCCUCUCUCCGCGACCGUUCCUCUCUCGGAACCUAUUCCAACGCCACAAUCGGUCUUAGCCCCGACAUAGUCCAUGGCAUGUUCCUCUGUAGAGGAGAUAUCACCAAAACAUCUUGCUCGGACUGUGUCAAGACCGCAACCCUAGAGAUCACUAAAAAUAACUGCACUUACCAAAAAAAUGCUAUAAUAUUCUACGAGGAGUGUAUGGUUCGAUACUCAAAUGUUUCCUUCUUCAGACUCAUCGAAGAUGGGCCAAACAUUGUUAAGUACUCUCUCGCAUCUUUUCCUAACUCUUUUUUUAGUUCGUUCCAAGGAACAUUAUCCAAGAAGGUAGAGCAACUUAUUAUCCUCACGUCAUCAAAGUCUUCUUUGUCUUCUUCAACGCCGUAUUACGUGAGGGAUAUUUCACGUGUGAAUGAAUUCGAGGGCUCGUAUACCUUAGACACGAUGGUUCAGUGUAGUCCUGAUCUUGAUCCAGAAAAUUGUGGCGUCUGCUUGAGACUUGCGGUUCAAGGAAGCUCACAAUGUUGCAACAAUGCUCGUUGGGCUCACAUAUUUCUUCCCAAAUGUCUUUUGAAGUAUGACUCCACCGGUUUACCACAGAGCGGUUCAUCUUCUAUCAACUUUAGCAAAGGUGAAAUCGAUUUAAAGGAAUUAUUUGGGAGAAUUUUCAUUACAGCCAUGGCGAUUUGGGUAUUAGCACUUGUGGGUUUAUGA